AUGGUGCCAAAGAAGACGCCAAAGGGAAAGUCGGGCUUCUUCGGCGUGAGGCAGAAGAUCUUCGGUAACUGGGGAGUGGAGUUCUCCGAUGCCGGGAGGCGUUGGUGGAUCGGCACGUACCCCUCCGCCCACGAGGCUGCGCAUGCCUAUGCCGUGGCGGUGUUGCGUGCCGAGAGGCCUCGGGAGCACCUCAACUUCCCAGAGAUCGAGAGUCAGGCGGAAGCAGAGAUGCUUGUGCCGCAGGGCAUCAAGAUGAAGGAGAUCACGACGAAGAAGAAGAUGACGAAGAAGCCGUUGUUUGUCGUCAAUGCCGGCGAGACCGACGAGGAGGCGAUGGCGAGGUUUGCUCGGGAGCAUCUGGAGUACGUCCAGGCCGAGCUGGAGUACUACUGGAAGUGUGAGGCGGAGCAGAAGAAGAAGGAGGACGAGGCCGGUCCCUCGACGGUGAUCCCCGUCGAGUACUCUUCCGAGGAGGACUGGGCAGAUUUCUCGGAGGAGGAGGAGGAGGGGUGCGAUGACCCGGAGAAGGAGGAGUUCUGGGCGCAGUUCCGCAGCUCCGACAAUGAGGAGUAG